UGCAGCAACUAAAUUCAACCUUCAUAUUUACUUCGCACUUCACAAUAUUUCAUAACACCGUCUGUUCAACUAGAAGAUUUCUAAUUUGUGAAAUAUCAUCUAAAAGUUAUUAAUUAACUUACAAUUUAGUCAAAUUAAUACUUGGUCUGAUUGGCCUCCCUUAAAACGGCUCGUCAAAUAAAUUAUGGAAGAUCACUCUUCGCCCACUUCAUCUGGGAUGCAGGUCCAACCAGCUCCUGCGGUCAAAAGUCAACGACGCGGUCGUCGUCGUGGAUCCACCACGGAAGGAGCAGAAGGUGAAGAGGAUGCUGAUGAGGACUCGUCGUCGUCGUCGGAUACUGAUACUGAAAAAUCGCAAGCACAAUUGGCCAGUUUUCGGGCGCAGUGGGAAGAAGAGUUAAAGAAGCUUCCGGCUGGGAGUGGGGUCAACUCGAAUGUAAAUAGUGCACUCAAUCUGGUCACAUCGACAGCAGCCUCUCUCGCUAACCCCUAUCCGAAUCCGACGUCCAUGGCUGAUGCAGUUUCAAGAAGGACAACCAAAGAAAAGAUAAAGAAAGAUCAGACCCAUCAUCCAUUUGCAAGUGGUGCAGUAUCCGGUCAGAGACAGAUUGUUCCAGAAAGUCCGGACGAUCAACAACAACCGUUUUCAGUAGAAGUUCCUACUUCCGGAACUGUUGAGGAACAAGCGAGACGAUGGUUUCUUCAGGGGGUCGGAUUUGAAAGGCACGGGGACUUAUAUGAUGCCGUACGAUGCUAUAGGAAAGCAGUUCAACUUGUUCCCGAUAUCGAAUAUAGAAUCAGCCAAGGAUUAAUGGAAGAGAGUGGGCGAAGCUCGAACAAUGAAUCCGAUGAUGAGGAUGAUGAUGAUGAAAGCUCUUCAGCGAGCGAUCUUGCAGAUUAUGACAGGGAAAAUGAUGACAAGAAUGAAAAUGUGGUGCUAUUGAAGCUCUUCUUAAAACAGAUUGAGCAAAGGGAGUGGGCCUUCUUUCAAAAGGUUAUGGAAAAUGAAAAAGCCCACAUUGGAGACCUACCCGUAGAAGUUAUUUCGUAUAUUUUGAGAUGGGUCGUUUCCAGCGACUUGGAUGUUCGAAGUUUGGAUAUUUUAUCAUCAGUUUGUAAAGGAUUCUAUUGCAUUGCUCGAGAUGAGAAAUUAUGGCAAAUGGCAUGUGAAAGGGUCUGGUCUUCAUGCGUGCUUGAUUCCAACUAUUCCUGCUAUCGAGACAUGUUUCUAACAAGACCUCGAGCACGAAUUGACGGGUGCUACAUCUCAAAAAUUACUUACAUUCGUCCUGGCGAACAUUCCUUCCAGGAUCAGUCUUACAGACCUUGGCAUUUUGUGGAAUAUUUUCGGUACAUACGCUUCUUUCCAGAUGGGACAGUUCACUUCUUAACUUCCUCGGAUGAACCUACCAUGGCUAUUCCUGGCUUACGUGAGAACAUCGCUCGAAAUCAAAAUACUUUGACAGGGACUUAUGAAAUGUACGGCUCAAACAUCAUCUCAGCCGUUGUUACCAGUCAGUCCCAACCAAAAAUCGGAUUCAACAACAAUAAAAUGAAACGAAACGAGACCCAAACUCAACAGAGUACCAGCUUUCAUAUUGAAUUACAAGUUUGUUCCGUUAAAGGUCGUCACAAUUGGAUGCUGAAGUGGGUUCAUCAUGCCGUUUUCAUCAAGAAGACUACCAUCACAAAUGGAAAAAACGCUCGCCAACAAAAUGCACCAACUGCUACCAUCACAUCCACUUCGCUGGAACUGUCCCCAACAAAGUACCCACCACUCUUGUUUUCGCGAGUCAAGUCAUUCACACCAAAGUCUGAGUGUAUCUUGGAGUGAUUCUUCUAUUCUUCAAUAUUAUCUGUAUUACUAAAUUUAAUAAUAAUAGAUACAAAACCAAAGAAUUCACUAUUUUAGUCCGAUUAACUCGUGAUAUCUAUUAGCGUUUGACAUCCAGCCAGUUAUAUUACUAGACAAGACAGAUUACAUAAAUUGUUGUUUGUGACGUGCAUUCACAUUUAAAUCAAAUUCCAUGCAUAUAUGACCUGAAUGAAAUACAAUGUUAAAAUUCAAUUAAUUAAUAAAUAUCUACUCACUACAUUGAAA